AUGCUAAGUAGCUCCAACCAGAAUAUAUAUACACAAACUGGGGCUAUUCGUGAAUUGAAGAAGAAGCCCUUAGCUUGUUAAGCACUAGUAUACUAUAUAGUAUAUAUGGCUGUUUUUGUGAACAAUAAUAAUAAUGGCUUAAUGGUCCGUUUGAGUUUGAUAGUAUUGUUAGCUUUGUGGCAGACGACGAGUUCGUUGGUGAAACUGCCACCAAAUGUUACAGUUCCUGCGGUGAUAGCUUUUGGAGAUUCGAUAGUAGACCCUGGCAACAACAACGACAUUAAGACACUCGUCAAAUGCAAUUUCCCUCCGUACGGAAAGGAUUUUCAGGGAGGCAACCCAACUGGUCGUUUUUGCAAUGGAAAAAUUCCUACCGACCUUCUUGUUGAAGAAAUGAAUAUUAAGCAAACUUUGCCCGCAUAUUUGGAUCCAAAUCUACAACCAAGUGACCUUGUUACGGGAGUGUGCUUUGCUUCAGGUGCCUCUGGAUACGAUCCCUUGACGCCAAAAAUAACGUCAGUGAUAUCACUGUCGGAGCAACUAGAGAUGUUCAAAGAGUACAUAGGAAAGCUUAAACAGAUAGUUGGAGAAGAAAGAACAAAUUUCAUUCUAGAAAACAGUCUUUACCUUGUAGUGGCAGGAAGUGACGAUAUUGCCAAUACCUAUUUCGUUGCUCGCGUUAGACAACUCCAGUAUGAUAUUCCUGCUUACACUGACCUUAUGGUCAAUUCAGCCUCUAAUUUCGUGAAGGAGAUAUAUGCACUUGGAGCGCGGAGAAUUGGGGUACUGAGUGCACCACCGAUUGGGUGUGUGCCUUCACAGAGAACUUUAGCUGGAGGCUUAGCAAGAGAGUGUGCUGAAGAUUACAAUUACGCGGCAAAAUUAUUUAACUCUAAACUGUCAAAAGAAUUGGAUUCUCUUAAUCGCAACUCACCCAAUAGUAGGAUCGUUUACAUUGAUGUUUACAACCCCCUUCUUGAUAUCAUUCUCAACUACCAAAAUUAUGGUUAUAAAGUUGUGGACAGAGGUUGCUGUGGAACAGGGAAACUAGAGGUUGCAGUGUUGUGCAACCCUUUGGAUGCCACUUGUCCAGAUGCUUCAGAAUAUGUUUUUUGGGAUAGUUAUCAUCCAACUGAAUCAGUGUACAGACUCCUAAUACGACAAGUUCUUGAUAAAUACGUCGAACAACUGAUAUAAUAUGACGACCGAGUGACUUGCUUAUAUACUUUAGUUUGCUCUAUUUAAAUCCAAUUUGUAACUUCAUGCAUAUCAAUUUGAUAUAACCAUGUUUGUUGAAUAAUAAAUUUAAUUGCAUCGCCACAGUUUAUUUA